UUUGCCACUGGCUUAUAUAGAGCAUAGAGGAAGCUUCUGCCCAGCAUUCCUCGCAGCCUCUACUGCAGUCAUCAGUCAUUCAUUCAUCCCCCACAAUCCACAAUCAUCUAAAUAAAGGCUAGCGAAUCGAAUUAAACAAAGCUGACGAGCAUGGUGCCACCGCCGGUGAAGGUAUUCGGGCACCCGUUGUCGACGAAUGUGGCGCGGGUGUUGGUGUGCCUAGAGGAGGUCGGCGCUGAGUAUGAGCUGGUGACCAUCGACUUCCUCGCCGGCGAGCACAGAGUUCCUGAUCACGUUGCGCGGAAUCCGUUUGGGAAGAUCCCUGCCCUGCAAGAUGGCGACCUUAUCCUGUUUGAAUCGCGCGCAAUUGCCAAGUACAUCCUCCGCAAGUUCAAGUCAAGCGAGGUGGAUCUCCUGCGGGAGGAGGACAUGGCGGCGGCGGCCAUGGUCGACAUAUGGGCUGAGGUCGAGGCGCAGCAGUACUACCCUGCGCUCUCGCCCGUAGUGUUCGAGUGCAUCAUCUUCCCCGUCAUGCGCGGCACCAUUGCCGACCAUGAGGUCGUGGACGAGAGCCUGGACAAGCUGAGGAAGCUGCUGGAGGUGUACGAGGCGCGGCUGUCGGAGCACCGGUAUCUCGCCGGCGAUUUCUUCAGCUUCGCGGACCUCAACCAUUUCCCGUUCACCUUCUACUUCAUGGCCACGCCGUACGCGUCCGUGUUCGACGCGUACCCUCGCGUGAAGGCGUGGUGGCAGAGCAUCAUGUCGAGACCGUCCAUCAAGAAGAUCGCUGCAAAUAUGCCGACCAAGUUUUAG